CUCAAUGAUUGUGCCAAUCUGUCAUUGAAGAAGAAGUGGUCAAUAUUUAACAAUCAGGAUGCCUCAGUUUUAACAAGACUUAAUCAAUUCUGAGUCAAAUAUGUUUGGAGAGCUCAACAGUAUUCUUAACACCAGUCCCGACGACUUCACAAGGGGAGAGUUUACUUUGGUGUCUGAUAGACAAACAGAUGCCUCUUUCUUAAUUCACCAUUUUCUCUCAUUUUAUUUACGAGCGGGUUGCAGAGUGUGUUUUCUUGGUCUUGUCCAGUCUUUUAGUCACUACAGUUCCGUCAGUCAGAGAAUUGGUGUGAAUCUAGCCCAGGCAAGGGAAAAGGGGCAACUGAUUUUUCUCGAGGGACUGAAGGAAUCCCUUAAAUUCUUGCUUCAUAAAGAAACCAAAUCAGCGUCAGUGUAUCAUUUUCUACGAGACUCUGAUGUGGGCCUGAGAGAGCUGUAUAAGUUUGUGUGUGGUAGUAUUGUGGCAGAAAGUGAGGAGUGGGGUCCUCCUGUGCUCCUGGUGGAUGACCUCAGUGUUCUUCUAAGUCUUGGAGUUAGUGUUGAAUCAGCACUGGAUUUCAGUCACUACUGCAAGGCCACCAUCUGCUCUGAGCUCCAGGGUAGCAUGGUGAUGUUAGUACGAUGUGAGGGGGAGGAUGAGGAAGAGGUGGAUAAUGAUGAAGAAAGCUCAGAGAGACUCAUGAGAGGUCUGACCCACCAAUGCAGUCUUGCACUCAAAGUACAAGGACUCUCUACGGGCUACUGCAAGGACAUCCAUGGACAGGUGGAAGUGUGUUGGCGGGGACAAGGCUACAGGCAGCAGAACCAGAGAAAACUGUUUCAGUACAAGGUCCAUGACAAGGGGGCUUCUUUCUUUGCCCGUGGGACAUCCAAUGCUGUCCUCUAAGUCCAGCCACCAAUCAACCUUAAGCCAUCCUUUUAUCAUUAUUAGACCCUUCUGUUUAAGGAGAAGAACUUUGUUAACUUCAUCAGAUAAUAAAGGACCAAGAAUGGAAAAUAAUGUAAAUAGAGAAAUGCCCUGUGUCUGGUUUUUGCUUAGAUUUGAGUUGGAGGGGUGCCAUCUUUUUGGAAUACUUGUUAGCACUGGACUGAACAUACAGGCCUGAAUGACAUCUAAGAUCACAGGUUUGGACAAAGAUGAUUUAAUAAACAAAAACAUGAAAUGCA